AUGGGUAACACACAAAGAACACGUAAUUCGGUAAAUAACGUAGUUUCCGUUAAACCACCUAGACAAUUUUUGACAAAAGAUGAAUUUUUUGAUACUUGGUACAUAUGGAAAAGAAAUUUCUUAACCUUCAAAAAAUCAUUGUCUAAAGAUAGUUAUCCGAAAGAAUGGGGAGAUACGUUAUUAAAUAUAAUGGGUCCAGUAGGGCUCGAUAUUUACAAUACAUUUAUAUUUAGCUCUCCAAAUGAAAGAAAUAAUGUAGAUAUAUUACUACAAAAAUUUGACGAAUAUUUCCUAUUUUUAAAAAAUGAAGUUAUAGAGAGAUAUAAUUUUUUUACUGCGCGUAAAAACAAAAAACAAUCAAUUGAUAAUUAUAUUAAAUAUUUGAGGAACAAAGCAAAAACUUGUAAUUUUGGAAAUAUGACAGAUAGUUUGAUUAGAGAUAAAAUAAUUCUUGAGAUACAAGACAAACAUCUACAACAAAAGCUAUUUAGUAUAAAAAAUCUUGAUCUAUUAACAUUAGUAUCAGUUUUUAUUAAACACACACAUAUUCGAGAAAGGAAACAGACUACUAAUACAGAUAAUACAACUGUAAUGAAUAAUAAUAUUGAUAUUAAUUUUGAAUCUACAAAAAAUAUUAAAUAUUGUGAUAAAAAGGUUUCUCUUAAUAUAAACAGUAAUGAAAAAUCAAUAAAUAAACAAAAUGUAAAACAUUGUAAAAGAUAUCGUUACCCGUGUGAAUCUAUAGACAGUGAAAAGAAAACAAAUGAAAGAAAUGACACAAAUAGCAAGAAUCUACAAGAAAUAAAUCAACAGCUUCCUAGUGCUCCUCCUCUUGAUUGUGAUGAUGCAUUGUAUCCAAAUUUAAAUCAUAUAAAAGUUAGUCAGCAAGUAAUGGAUGCAUCUACAUGGUCAUGGUUAACAAGUAAAGAAAUAAAGAAUGAAAAUUUGCAAAAAAGUAAAGCAUCAUUUGCACAAAACAGAAAUUUGACGACAGAACCUUUUGAUGUCAACAGAAAUAGAGAUAAUAUAAAAACUGAUUCCAAAUGUUGUAUAUCAUAG